AUGACGAAUAAACCCAUUGCAGGGGGAAGAGUGUUCGGUAGUGCAAGGCUAAUCCUGGCAGUUCCAUCUGUCGACCCGAAGAAGGCUCAUUCUCCGUCUGCAAGUAGCAUUUCCCUGAACUCACAGGCAUCGGCUUCGCAAGUGUCAUCAGAUACACAUGACCUUAUAUCAAGGAUAUCAUUGGACAAUGCAGAAUCUUCUAUUUCAAAGACUGCAGCUACAAGCAGUAGUAGUCGACUCGCAUGUCCGAUUUGCAACGAGGAAAUGGUGACAUUACUUCAACUUAAUCGACACCUUGAUGAUGCUCACCGAAAUCUCGAAGAUGAACAACAAAUUGAGGUAAAGGACUGGUUUCAAGUUCAGGUGGAAAAGGCAAAGAAGUUUCAACCCUUAGCCGUGUUGAAUCAGAAAUUGAAAGGCCUAGAUGUCUUUGAGUCUAAUAACAAUCCGCCACUUGCUUCCUCGGCGCCCACUCGCGCUGCUCCAAGUGGAUUUGUGGAACCCCCCAGGAUGCUGGACCCAGAUGAAUUGGUAACAAGGGUACAUUGGCAGCAGCGCACGCUGUAUGAUGUUUGUUUAGACCCAAUGUGCGAAAAGCGGUUGACUGUGACCACUGGUUGUGUAAACUGCCGGAAAUGUGGGCGGCUUUUUUGUGACGAGCAUACCAUGUAUCAAAUGAAGCUUUCCAGGUCCGCUCAACAUGAACCAGUUCGUGGUUUGUGGUGUCGAGUAUGUGAGACAUGUUAUAAGUCACGAGAUGGCUAUAAUGAUAAAAAUGGGAUUGAGCGCGAUCACACCGCAUUUUUCAUAUCCAGAAGGAAACCGGUAGUAGAUCGGGCAUUUUUAGAAGUUUCGCGGUUAGAGAAGAGACUUAGCCGGCUGACACAGCUUCUCGCUGAGCUUCCUCUUGACCAUGUUCAGUCGGGGGCGAAUAAGAGAUGGUCGCUCUCCUGGCAGGGCACUCAGCGUAAACAAAUUGAACAGUCCGUUGUUAACUGGGAGGACGAUACAAGCGUUUCAAGAUGUCCAUUCUGCCAGCAAGAGUUCACAGCAUACACUUUCCGGAGGCAUCAUUGUCGCACGUGUGGUCGUGUAGUCUGUGGUGAUGCGAAGACCAACUGCUCUUCCGAGGUUGGGCUGGACGUUGCAACACGUACUUCCCACUUAUCCGAAAAAUCGGCGACGUCAAAAAACCUUUGCAUAGAUGUUAGACUUUGCAAAGACUGCAGAUCAACUCUAUUUGAUAAGCGAGACUUUACUUUGGACCUCGCUAGGGAAUCUCCCGAUACUCGAGCGUAUAAAAAUCUGAUCCAGUUUGAAAGAGGCAUCAGGAUCUUAUUACCUCGAUUUCAAAAAUUAUUGGCCGCCUUACAAGAUCCAGAUAACCCUCCCUCUCCGGCUCAGCUGACAGAAGCAUCCAAGGUCCGCAAACGCCUGAUGGAUUCCUUUUCCCAGUACGAUGUUGCUGCUCGACGAAUUCGCGAUAUUCCUACCGACUCUCCUACGCGAGCUAGACUACAAAAGGCUAUCUAUCACCAGGCCACCAAUUUUCUACACCUUCACAUGUUACCACUCAAAACACUGCCAAAGCUUCUUAAGCACGCCACGCCACAUGGUCGACUUGCUGAACCAACACCAGAGAGCUUGUCUUAUAAUGGGACAAGCCCGCCUACUGCUCGCGCUUUAGCUACAAUCAAAUAUGGGCACCAAAACUCUCACAAACAUACUAGUAGUAUACCGAGCCUAAUCAGCGACAAUAGUAGUGCCUUAUCAGCCCUUGAAACGGAAGAAAAGGCUCUCCGUGAGAGGCUUAUUGUACUCGAAGAACAAAAGUUUUUCGUAUCGGAGAUGAUUGCGGAUGCGAACCGCAGAAGAAAAUUUGACGAGGCUAGCAGUUUAGCGACGAACGUGGAAGAGCUAGGAAAAGAGAUUGAUAAAAUCAAUGGCAUGCUAGGCCAAUUAGACUUUGCGGGCGUAUACCUCGCGAACACUGGAGAUCCAGACUCAGGGAGCCCGGCAUGA